CCAGGGUUCAGUUCCUUCCAAGGUGCGCGCUGCGUGUGUGCACCAGCGUUCAGUGCGCGUGCCUGCGACCAUCAUCAUCAUCAUCACCACCACCAACCAUCAUCAUCACCACCAAGCAACAUCAUCAUGAUGAUGACACGCGUGCGGUCCGCGGUCUCCAACAUCAUCGGCGGCAUCAUGGCUUCGGGCUCGAGCGCGACCGAGUCUCCCGCGGAUCUCCCGGCCCGGUUCCGGUACAGCAGGCCGGAUUUCCUCGCGCUGUCCCCGGACGAGGUGGAGUGCUCUGCGGAUCACAUCUCCAGACCCAUCCUCAUCCUCAAGGAGAUCAAGCUGCCCUGGGCCACCGGUUACGCGGAGGUGAUCAAUGCAGGUAAAAGUGCCCUAAACGAGGACCAGGCGUGUUGUGAGGUGGUGGAGCUCAGGAAAAGACCCGCGGACCCGUCCAGCCCCAGUUACACUCCCACCAGGAGGCGCUCUUCUCUGCCCAGCGCUGACAUACUGGAGACCAUCGACAGCACGGAGGUGAAGGAGCUGGACUUCCACUACUGGGGUUUGUUCGACGGUCACGGAGGUUCUGGAGCGGCUGUUUUCGCAGCCAAGUUUCUCCACCUGCACAUCGAGGAGCAGCUCCAGGAGGUUCUGGAGAUCCUGCAGAACCCGUCGCUCCAGCCGCCCACGUGUUAUGGCGAGGAGAACCCCGUACACCACCUUCCCCAGCUCCACCUGUCCGCCGGAGGCUCCCAGCGAGGCCUGUCCCGGGCCGCCUCGCUCAAGGGGUCCCCGAACACAACGGCCCCGCGCUUCUUCAUGGAGAAGAAGAUCAAACAGGAGAGUCUGGUGGUGGGAGCCAUAGAAAACGCCUUCAAGGAAAUGGACGCUCACAUCGCUCGAGAGAGGUUGGUUUACUCGAUCUCUGGAGGAUGUACUGCGCUAGUGGUGAUGUAUUUACUCGGAAAACUGUACGUGGCCAAUGCCGGCGACAGCAGGGCUGUGAUCAUCCGGUCAGGAGAGAUCAUUCCCAUGUCCAGCUCCUUCACUCCAGAAUCGGAGCGUCAGAGACUUCAGUUCCUGGCUCACCUGCAGCCGUCACUGCUGGGAAACGACUUCACCAACCUGGAGUUCCCCAGAAGGGUCACGAAAAAAGAGGUUGGGAAGAGAAUGCUGUACCGAGACUUCACGAUGAACGGAUGGGCAUACAAAACAGUUCAGGAAGAAGAUCUGAAGUUUCCACUCAUAUAUGGAGAAGGAAAAAAGGCUCGUGUUCUGGCCACCAUUGGCAUCACUCGAGGACUCGGCGAUCACGACCUGAAGGUUCACGACUCUGACAUCGCUAUCAAACCCUUCCUCUUGUGUUCUCCUGAGGUGAAGGUCUAUAACCUGUCUCAGCACGAGCACGGCACUGAUGAUGUCAUGGUGCUGGCGACAGAUGGACUCUGGGAUGUGUUGUCUAAUCAGGAAGUGGCAGAGGCGGUGUCUGGUUUCCUUGGAAACUGUGACCCAGAUGACCAGCACAGGUACACUAUGGCAGCUCAAGACCUGGUGAUGAAGGCCAGGGGAGUCUUGAGGGACCGAGGAUGGAGAAUCGCCGGAGACCGGCUGGGCUCUGGAGAUGACAUCUCGGUCUUCAUAAUUCCCCUACUGAACCGUAAAGAGCCUCAGCCGAGCUGACCAAUCAGGAGGCAGGGCGCCUACCGAAUGGGACUGAACCCGUCUCGAACACGACGCUCGGAUGCUCACACAGCGUCUUGCUGGAGUUUGUGGAACUCGCUCUGCGUUUGAGCUCAUUUACAACACGGACAUUUGCUUUUAAGACUUGAAAGUCAACUUUGAAGACCCACGUCAGCGUUCCCGACCUCCGCGUGGGAUGAUGGGAUCGGUAUAUGAGUUAUAACUUUGCACAAUGACUCUUUGAGGCUCUCGUGGACAGAUGCGCACCCACCGCAGUUUGUUUAUCCGCUCUCAUCUGGCAGCUAGGCGGAAACAACCGUGUUUUGUUUGUCCUUUCAGGAUAUUCAUUUAUCCUUUGAAUGUUUAGUUUGCGGUUCCAGGGAAAAAAUCAAAGCAAUUCUUGCUGUUAUUUGUACAUGCAGUUUGUCUCUCUCGUGCGCUGUAUAUGUGCAACAGCUAAACUCGAUCUUCCACUCAGUAAGGACGUGUCAGUGCAGAAGUGUUUUGUUCAGCGAGCUUUACCUUUGAUUUCUGUACGUGAAUUGCAAUCUGUUCUUCAGGGCUCCCGUGUGGAGGGCUGACUAGCGCUACAUCAUGUUCACAGUGGCACCUUCCUCUUCUACAGCACAAACCCGCUGUGAGCAUUUGGAAAGGCUUUCGUAUACACACACACACACAUAUAAUGUGCAAACACACUCCCCAAGAGAGUGGCCAUCUGGUCAGCACAACCUGAGUGUGACCAAAACAAGACUAAUUUGGCCAGAUUCAGCUGUGUGUGUGUGUGUGUGUGUGUGUGUACAGCUCUCUAACACUUUAGCGCAGUCGUUCGUGUGGGUGGACGGCGCUGCAAGGGCAUCACAUGCUUACUAAAGGCACAUUCUGGGAAGUGCACACACAUGCACUGCAACAAUGAUUCAUGCACUGCUUAUGUGGCUCCAUUAAUGCUUAUUGAAACGGCCAACAGAUUUUUAAU